AGCUUUGCGGGGGGAAGCGAUGACCUGGCCGCUGCUGCAGCGGUGCAACUGCCUCCGUGAGCUGCUACUGCGGACAAGCUGACCCCAGAUCUGACUCUGAGCCGUCAGCAGUGCCGUCGCGUCGCGCGCCGUCGCGCUCCAUGAACAUCCGGGACGACCUCAGCCGGAUCAGUGAGGAACCACGUACGCCAGCACGGAGCGUGGGGCCAUCGGUGCGUGACCGUGGAAGAUGCACGCUGGGCUGAGGGGCCGCUUGAGCUGUCAUGCGAUGGAGGAGGAGGGAAGAUAGGGAGGGAGGAAAGGCAAGGAGCACAACGCAUGACGGGGUGGCGCCGAGCCCGGCCAGAUCUCCACACCCGAUACCGGCGCUGGGCAUCAGCGUCGGUGGCGCAGCUCCGGAGCUGUCAGAUCGCAACUAUCAUCGCCCGCCAACGAUUACUGUGCAACCACCCUCAAGCACAAAGACGCCUCUGGACUCUCGACGCGUCAGCAACGCGUCAGGCGUGCGUUCAAGCAUGCCGUCCCCUGUCCCUGCUCAAGCUCAGCGGAGCCGAGCUCCGUCGCCAGCCCCGCGGGCACCCACAGUGCCUACUCGCGGCCCUUCGCCUGCGCCCUCGCCCUCGCCCUCGCCCUCGCGGCGUAGUCAGAGUCAGCCCGAGUCAGCAUACGUCCGCUCCGCUCCGAUCCCGGCAUCAGUGUACGCCAACUCUGUCGCGCAGGCCGCGGGCGUGCCCCUCCCAUCUUCGCAUGGGACGACUUACACCGCGCCGCAACAUCCACGGCCUCGGACACCGGGGGCAUCGUACGUCACGGCCACGAUAUAUGGGCACGACCGGCCUGUCCCGUCGAAUCAGUCGCAGCGCACAGCAGUCGAGGUGAGUCAAGAGUCAGAUUGGGCGUUGCGACUGUUUCGAAGGUCUAUACUUGGCCUCGUGUCAUUACGGCCGAGGUUCGGGUCCGAGCAGCGUCCGGUGGAAACAUCGUCUGGGACUCUGAAUUGUCGCACAGCUUAUCAUAUCUGCACAUUCCACGAUCGGGCAUGAUGCUCACACCAGUCGUGUUCGGACGAGGAGCGGCCGCGUCCCCGCUCGAUUCUCAAGAAUCGCGGCGAGACGCCGCUCAUCGACCCACGCGCGAUUCCGCUCCCGGCGAGCCGGAACACCACGUACGCCCCGAGCGCCAGCACGCUGGGCGGGGCGCGCCGCGUGCCGCUCCCCCCGUCGGCGGGCACACGGUAUUCGUCGUACCGGUGAUGGUUCCCAGGUACACGUAUUAUGUAGCGACCUAUAAGAGCCCAGGCAAUGCAAACUUGUGCAGCUGAU